ACCUCUCAACAAUUCUCGGAACGUCUUCAGAAACGGCUACGUGAGGAAGAGGGAAUUGAUAUAUCCGAGUUGGCCUCUUCCGCUCCCACCAGCCUCACCGUAGCCUCCUCAGUUCCCGGCUUCCUAGGUCCCUCGUUAAAGAGUCAGACAAAUAUAUCUUCCUUGCCUGCUGCCUCAGCUUCAGAUUCUGAUCAGCAAGGGGGUUCGCCGGCCCUCGGAGCUGGCGCCAGGAUCCCUGGUUAUGCAGAAUCACCACUAGCCUACGACGCCAUUUGGGCGCUAGCGUACGCCUUGGAUAAGGCUGACAAACGUCUGCGUUUAAAAAAUUUAGGCACACUGCUUGACUUUGACUACAAUGACAACACUGUGUUUACAGAAAUAUAUCGAGCAAUGAAUGAGACCGCUUUUGUUGGCGUUUCGCCACUGGGCUAA